AUGGAGUCCAGCGGAGGUCCUGCUGACUGGCCCACGUCUCAGACGAACGUCGUCCUUCUCGGCGGCAGGAACUCUGGCAAGAGUUCAGUGGGAAACUACAUCCUUGGGAAGGAGGAGUUUGUCACCAAAGAGCGGACCACCUGCAGCAGGAGGCUGGGCCUGGUGGGCCGGCGGUGGCUGACGGUGGUCGACACGCCCGGCUGGUGGUGCGACCUCGGCGUUCAGGAGACCACGCGGCUGGUGAAGAGGGAGAUUGUGGGGAGCGUCUGGCUGUGUCCUCCUGGACCACACGUCUUCCUCAUCACAAUCAAGGCCAGCUCCUUCCUGUCGGAGCAGCGGCGCCGGGCGGUACAGGAGCACGUGGAGCUGCUCGGCGAGAAGGUGUGGAGCCAUUGCAUCCUGGUGCUCGCCCUCGACCACGGAGGAGCCGAGGAUCUGACGGAGCCCGGCGUCCGCUGGCUGCUGGACAAGUGCGGCGGCAGAUGCCACAGUGUUUGUUUGGCCGAUAAGUCGGGAGCUGCUGAGCUGCUGGAGAAGAUUCAGCAGCUGGUCGGGGAAAGUGGAAACAAAGUCUUCCGAAUGGAGGGAAACAUCUGUGAGGUGAUCGAGGAGGACAAGAGGAGGGUGGAGGAGGGGGCUCAGCUGAGGUUGAGGAGGAUGAAGAAUCACAGAUCGGCCAUGAGAGAGAAGCUGCGGGCCAUCACCGAUAUGAGGGUGGUGCUGGUCGGGCCCAAAGGCUCUGGAAAGACCUCGGUUCUGAACACCAUCCUGGGCAGAGAAAACAGCCAGCAGGCCGGCAGGAGGACGGCUCAGUGUGCGGCUGAGACCGGCCUGGUGUUCGGGAGGCAGGUGACGGUGGUGGACACGCCGGGCUGGUGGAGGAACUACUUCAGCCAAGAGAGCUCGGCCUUCGACCGCAGGGAGCUGCGGCUCAGCUCAGCCGUCCGUCCGCACGUGUUCCUGCUGGUGAUCCGAGUGGACCGGGCCUUCAGCGAGACCAACAGGCGGUCCGUCCAGGAGCAUCUGGAGCUGCUCGGCCCCCAGAUCUGGAGCCGCGUCAUCGUCCUGUUCAGUUUUGGGGACUGGCUCGGAGGGACGACCACCGAGAAAUACAUCGAGAGCGAGGGAGAGCCGCUGCGGUGGCUGGUGGACCGCUGCGCCAACCGGUACCACAUUCUCAACAAUCGCACGAAGGGAGAUGGAUUCCAGGUGAGGCAGCUGAUUGGGAAGAUCGAAGAGCUGGACGCCGGCAGUGAGGUCAGCUGGAGCUGCGCGAGCGACGUGAAGCGGCUGGAGGAGACGAAGAGGACGCAGGUGGUGAGAGCCGAGGAGAGGCGGGUCAGGAGGUCGGGCCGGCGGCAGACGCCAGCAACGUGUGACGACGUCACUCUGGUGCUUGUUGGCGGCAGGAAAACUGGGAAGACUUCAUGUGGAAACACCAUUCUGAGAAGAACCGGCUUCAACUCCACCGACCCCCAAACUUCCUGCGCCAAACAAGAAUGUAGCAUCAAGGACUGGAGGGUGACGGUGCUGGACACGCCCGGGCGCUACAAGCUAGCUGCCGACUCCCUGUCUCCGUCGUGCGUCUUCCUGCUCGUCGUGAACUUGAGCUCGUCCUUCAGGGGUGAGAACUUUGAGGACCUGCAGGAGCAGAUGUGGGGACGUUGGUGGAACAGAGCCGUGGUGGUGUUCAGCCAUGGCGACUGGCUGGGAGACACCACGGUGGAGCAGCGGAUUGAGUGCGAGGGCGAGCUGCUGCAACGGCUGCUGCAGCGCUGCGGGGACAGGUACCACGUGCUGGACAACAGCCGGGGCGGUCAGGUGGUGGCGCUCAUGCAGCUGGUCGAGGAGAUGCUGGCAGGAGAAGGUCACGUGAGUGAGACCCGUCUGUGGAGAAGCCCUUCAACACUUCAGGGAGACCAUCGGAACCAGGUCGCCGCGUCGCCACCGCGCCACCCCAGGUCACAUGACGGCCAGCUGACGGUGGUACCUGCUGGAAGGCGACGGCGCCGCCGCCUCACUGUCUCAGACCGAAACAUCCUUCUCUCUUGCCUGGCCUCCAUUCUGUCCAGUCAGGGCCGACUGAGGAGUCCGGAGGCGCUGAGCCCCACGUGGUUCUUCAUGGACGAGCAAACCUUCUCAACCCAGACGUUGCGGCGCUCGCUGCCACAGUUCAGUCACCAGCAGAGAGACUUGGCCCUCGGAUGGUCCGUGGAGUCGGUAGACCUUCAGGCCCUGAUAGACCAGUGGGGCGACAGCAGUCUGGAGGAGCUGGAGGACUUCAUCGACCUGUACUGUGAGAAGCUCAUGGAACAGACUGUGGAGACGUCAGGUACCGGGUCCCCGCCGCCCUUGACUGGGGCCGCCGUCCCUUCAGAGAUCCUCCUGUCCAUCGAUAGAAAGCUGACCCAGCUGGGCGUCCUGGAGGAGAUCAGGGACGACUUGUCGGAGCUGAAGAGGAGCAUGGAGCUCAACUGGAAGGUCCUGGAGGAGCUCAGAAACAAAAGCAAGACGGACAGUUGA